AUGGAGCUCACUGUACUUCCAAAAGUAGCAGAUGAAGUAGUUCAUGUCUCAGCCCCCGAGAAGCUCACCUUUGAGGAAGCUAAAGAGCUGUGUCGGAAAAGAGAUGGCGUUCUUGCUUCUGUUGGGAACCUGUAUGUGGCCUGGAGGAAUGGCUUUGACCAGUGUGACUAUGGCUGGCUGGCGGAUGGCAGUGUUCGUUACCCAGCCUCAGUGGCAAGGCCCCAGUGUGGUGGAGGUUUACUUGGGGUGAGAACCCUGUAUCGCUAUGAGAACCAAACAGGCUUUCCUUACCCAGAUAGCAAGUUUGAUGCCUACUGCUAUGAACGUAAAAAAGUCAUAACAGAGCCUACAACUGUCAAGCUUAUGACAUCUCUGAAAACUGACAGCGUGAAAUUAACACCUGCCAAAGUCACUCUUAAACCUGUUACUGAGACUUUGAUUGUUGAAGUGACUGUUGCCAAAACAGAGGUUCCUGCUUUGGCAGAAACAACCCUAGAGCCUGAAGAAGAUACAGAAAGGACUACUGACAUGGCUGAGGAAGAAAGGGAAAUGGAGGUGCUCAUGGAGAACAUUCAGUUAACCACCCUUCUACCUCAGACUGUCACAGAUGGCGAAAUAAGCACUUACGAUACACUGGGAAGGACUGAAUAUGAUGUUUCACCUGCAGAGAGCACAUCUGCAGCUUUGGAACUGGAGCCCACUUACUCUGAAGCAGAACUGCCCGAGGAACAAGGUAGGUCUGAAAGCAUUGAGGACGCUUUCUUGACCUCUGUAAUUUUUCAGGAUAGCACAGCUGUAGCUAAGGCUUCCACUGGUUUGUGGGAAGAUACUGAAACAGGAGACAAACAAAAACAUGAUGCUGAUAAUCAGACUGAACAAAUAGAAGUGGGUCCCAUGAUGACAGCUACAGAUAGCUUGUUACCACCUUCUCGGAGAGAGUUUCCCAGGACAGGGACUUCAGUUUCACUAACAAAAGAGAGUAUGUAUCUUGGUGCCCACUCAACAAAAGAACCCACAAAAAAGUCAAUGGAGGCGAAAUCUGACAAGAAACUUACAACUGUUGUAAUCCCUAAAGCUUUGUUCACUGAUCAGUACGAUCUCACUGCAGAGAGGGAGGGCAGAGAGAGCAUGUACACCAUUAUGCCUGAUAGAGUUUCUGGCAUGGCUACUGGUAACAUCCCAGAAUCAGAUGUGCCUGCUGCAUCAGAGACACUUGUAGAUGAGAAUGCAGUAACCACUGGACAAUUUUCUACAGUAGAUGAGUCAACUCCAUUCAUUAAACUUAAUUCUGUGACAUUGUUUGAUAAUGAAGCAUCAGCUCAAGGAAGCAGAGAGGACCUGAGAGAUGUGCAGCCUACAGUGUCAUCUGGAGUACCUGUGUCCUUUUCUGUAUCAGUUGUUAAUCAAACAGGAUCUGAGGCCAUCACUCUCUCAGGAAGUACUGUUUCUCUGCAAACUCUUGGAGAAAGUAACACGUCUAUUAUCCACUCAUCUCAGCGAACAGAAGGAUCAGCUGCUUUGGAGGAGCAGGAUAAAACACAGGAGCCAGAAAUAAGAACAAUAGAUGUUAAGAUCACUCAUACUGCAACCAUCAUUCCUAAUUCUUUUGCAGCAGAAUCUGAAAGACAUGCUGCAAGUGAAAAUUUCACACAGGUUGCUCCAGCUUCUGGCAGGUGGCUGCUGACAGAUAAAGAUCAGGGGUAUAUGACAGAAGAAUCUUCUCAUACUGAGAGUAUAUAUGAGCUAGAUACAGAAGAUGGCAUCUCAGGAAUGGAGAGUACAUCAUCUCCAGGGCAAAUUACAGAACAUCCAGGAUCUCUGAUUUCAGCAGUUACAGGUGAAACUGAGACAAGCAUGGAGACAGCAGAAGCAAAAAGUGAUGAAGAAGCUGUAUCAGCCAAUUUUGAUCAGACUAAGUAUACUAUUGGUGUCUCCUACACAAGCAGCUUUUCAGAUUUGAAAAUGAUCACAUUAUCCAAACUACCAGUGGAUGAAAGCAGUGCAACAAUGAAGUCUUUUAGCUCCUCAAGUGUUACUGUAUUACCAACUGCUGUGCCCACAGUCAUGGAGGUAACUGAACAUGAGGGAGAUGAAACAUCAGGGUAUGUUUUGGAAAUGUCCAUUCCUACUCCAGAAGCUGGACAAAGAGAGGCUACUGAAAUGUUGGUGGCAACAUCUGAAGAAGUCUUUACUGAAAUGGAGGUCUCAAAAUACACAGUGACAGAAGAAGGCCAGACAACCACUGCAACAUCAACUGAGGAAUCAGUGGCAACACUUCAAGACGGAAAAGGAGCACCACCAGCUGGCAUUGGAGACACAAAGGAAUCUAUUGUAUUUACAGAUGUAACAGAGGUAGAUACUACAGUUCUACAGAAAGAACAUGAUGCUUCCCUAGUUCCAACUACUGUAGAGAUUGAGAUCACUAGAGAUACGGCAGUUACUGCUCAGACUCAUUUUGAUGGUAUCUUUCAUGCAGAAGCACCAGAAACAACUGAAAAAGACAGUGAUGUGUUCCCAGAGGAACCCUCAAUGGAAGACCAAGAUAAGGAAGCAGAUACUGCUAGAGAUACUACUUUAUCUGUGACAUCUGUCCACAUACUUGAACAAAAGACGGCACCAGGAUCGGAAUCAUCUCAAACAGCUGUUCAGGAAAAACAGGAUGAGGCAGGUUCAGCUUAUGAUGAGAUAUAUCUAGUGACAGAAUUAUCAGUGCCAGCAGUGAAGGUCACAGAUUAUGGAAGAGUUCUGGGAGCUGAUGAAAGUAGCACCAGGACCUUGCAUCUCACAGUGACUCCGAAAGCUGAAAAUGCAACUGAUCAAGAAGAGAAGGUAACUCAAGUGAUGCCUAUAACAGUGGGUACCCAAGCAGAAACAUACGAAAGCAGAGGAACCCCUGCCAGAGAAGAAGACAGCGAUGUAGUGAGCUGGGAAUCUGUGUUGCCUCCCUAUACGAUGCCAACAGAUCAUUCUACUGUGGAAAGAAUUACUCAUCUAACUUUGGGAUCUUCUCCAAGCCACACUCUGGAAGGUUCAGGAAUAUCAGAAGAACAACAAAUCAAAACAGCUAUAUUUUCAGCUAAUGCAACAGAUAAGUCAGCAAUUCUCAGUGAUGUAACAACACCUUCUGUUAGUGCUGUAGACAAAAUGCAGCCUACAUCAGCAUCCGAACUUUUUGUUACUCAAAAGUCACCACGUAUCAUUCCUGAGGAAGAAGAGGAGGUAACAAGCAACGACAUCAUCAUAAUUGGUGAAUCUAUUUCUCCCAGUAAAGCCACUGCUGAUGACGAUCUGAGUGAAAAGAUGUUAGAACCAGAAAUUGAUAAGGAAUAUUUCACAGCAUCAACUGCUAUUGCAGUUGCACGAGCUACUGCACCACCCAAAGUGAAGGAGGCCACAGAGGCUUUACAACCUCAAGAGGUGUCUCCUUCUACUUCACACUCUGAUAGUGGAAAUGACAUAAAAUUGUAUGUUAUUCAAAUCACAGGCAACGAUACAG